AUGCCGUCCCGCCGCGUCGCCGCUCGCCCGCCCGCCCCGACCCCUUCCACCACCGAUGCACCGCUCGACACCUCGCCCGCCGCCGCUCUCGCCAGCACCGUCAAGGGCAAGGCGCGCGAGCAGUCGCAGGGCCUCGUCGGCGCAGUCUCGACCCUGUGGGACAACUACCGCGAGCAGACCCCACCAAAGCUCAAGCUCAUCGACUGCUCCAUGCUCUUCCUCGUCCUCACCGGCGUCUUCCAGUUCGUCUACUGCUUCGCCGUCACCAACUUUCCCUUCAACGCCUUCAUCGGCGGCUUUGCGGCGGCGGUCGGCCAGUUCGUCCUCCUCGGCGCGCUCCGGAUCCAGAGCAACCCGGCCAACACGUCGACGUUUCCCUCGCUCUCGCCCGAACGAGCGUUCGGCGACUUCCUCUUCGGCUCUCUGAUCCUCCACUUCUUUGUGUGGAACUACCUGGGCUGA